ACUUAUGAAUCUUCUUGUUCAAUAAAAUGGUUUCCUCCCACUUUAUAAGAUCAGUUCUUUUUAUUUUCAUUGUUUAUCUUCAUCUUCCUUGCACGACUUUAUCAAACUCAGAACCAGAAGAUAUUACUAUCGAUGUGAACCAAGCCCAUAAACUUCUUCAUCAGGGCCACACUUUUCUCGAUGUCAGAACUGUUGAAGAAUUCGAGAAAGGCCAUGUUAAUUCAGCGAAAGUCUUUAAUGUUCCCUACUGGUUCUAUACUCCACAAGGUCAAGAAAAUAACCCAAAUUUCUUGAAACAUGUUUCAUCUCUCUUUAACCAAACGGAUCAUCUCGUCGUGGGAUGUAAAUCUGGAGUUAGAUCUUUGUAUGCUACCAGAGUUCUUGUUUCUUCUGGAUUCAAGAGUGUAAGAAACAUGGAUGGUGGUUAUAUCGCUUGGAUGGAGAAGAGAUUUCCAGCUAAAGUGGAACUCAAAUACGAUGAGCUCUGAUUCAUUUCAGCUAACCAAAGAUGGCAUGUUAAAUUGAAUUUUCAAACUUUAGAUGUAAUAUCAUUAGUUUUAUUACUACAGGUAAACUAAUCAUAACCUUUUGGAUAUUUAUAUGCUUUUUAUGUGUAAAUGUUUUCAGUUAUUAUAGCAAAAAGAAACACAAACUGAAGAUUUUGUGGUUGAGAUUUCAAAGAGAAGAAAAAAUGGGCAGGCCGGGCACUGUAGCUCCGGAAUCAAGAAUGUAUAUAUUGCCGGAGACAUAUUUCGAAGAGUCGUGAAUUAGAUAGCGAACCAGUGAGAUCCAAACUAGACUUGACAGUGCCUCUGAUUCCGGCAUUGUUGACCAACGCGUCGAUCUUUCCAAAGACUUCCCAAGCUUCUUUAACAGCUUUCUGAAUGGUGGCUGCGUCUGAUGAAACGUCUAGCUCAAGGGCAGCGGAUUGUACUCCUGUUGUGUUGAUUUCAGAGCAGAGAGAUUUGAGACGAUCCACACGACGAGCUGCUGCGAUAAUCUUGCAGCCAGCUUUGGCUAGAUCAAGACAGAUCUCUCUUCCUAUACCAGAGGAAGCUCCUGUCACGAGAACCACUAUGUCUUUAAGUUCACACCAUGGCUCCUGUUGCUUCGACACCUGCUUAUCUCCAUAACAAAAUAAUAGUGAUAAUCAAGUGAGCAUAAUGUGAUACAAAAGAAAAUAAAGUAUCUCACAGUUUGAAGGUUGCUCA